UGACGGAGGCACCAUAACCCGGAAGCGAUCCUGGGAGGUCGGGAGCAAGAUGGCGGCGCCGGGGGCUCUUCAGGCUGUGAGGGGCACCUUCUGGCAGGGCUUGAGGAAUCUGUGCAUACCCAGCUCUAAGAGCAGUGCAACCAAGAGCAGUGGAUUUCUUCUCAGUACCAGCAAGAAGUGGGUCCAGUUUUCAAGCCUACACAUCAGUGUUCCAAAGGAUUUGGCCAAACCUACGAUAACUGUUUCUGACAAACCAGACACAUUAUACAAACGCCUGUCAAUUUUAGUAAAAGCCCAUGAUAAGGCUGUACUGGACAGUUACGAAUACUUUGCCGUGCUUGCUGCUAAAGAACUCGGUAUAUCUAUUAAAGUACACGAGCCACCAAGGAAAAUCGAGCGAUUUACCCUUCUCAAAUCUGUGCAUAUUUUCAAGAAGCAUAGAGUACAGUAUGAAAUGAGAACACUCUAUAGAUGUUUGGAGUUAGAACACCUCACUGGAUGCACGGCAGAUGUCUACUUGGAAUACAUUCAGCGAAACUUACCCGAAGGGGUUGCCAUGGAAGUAACCAAGACGCAAUUAAAACAAUUACCAGAACACAUCAAGGAGCCAAUCUGGGACACAGUAGCCAAGGAGAGAGAAGCGAGCAAGUCCUAAGGCUCCAGCCACCUGGAUCCUGCAGGAAGAGGUGAGCAGGCAGAGACUGUGUUUGCACAGGACAGGAUCCAAGUGCGCCCCGCUCCCCCUUGGAGUCUGCUGGCCCUGAUCAGCUUCGAGCGGAACAUGAGCUUUUGUGACAGAUGGAACUGUAGCAAGAGGACCAUGCUGUCUGUCUCUGUCUAUCGUGUCAUCGUUUCUGUUGUGAUUUUGAACAAACAAGAGUAAACCGUUUAGUACUCAA